AUGGCCAAUAUUGUCCAAGAAGAUGGCAUCCAUGUGGAUGGAACAACAAAAUUUAACAUUGGCAAUCGUUACUGGCAUGAGGGCUCCUCCGUCAAAACACUCAUACAAGAUAUCAAAGAUGUCACUAAUUGCGACAUGAUAUGCUCACGUGAGUGGGAGGUACACUAUCCCCAGCUUGACGAGUUAUACGAUGGUGCGCAGCAAACGAUUUAUGUCGUUACAGAGGCUAUUGUCGCUUGGUGCAAAGCUUUUAUAAGCCUCGCAGCAGAGGAAUCAAAUUGGAAAUGGAAGAAUGAAAUGAUUCGCAAGGUGGAUAAGGUAGGCGGCAGGAUCCGACUUGAGAUCAAGGUGAGUCGCUCUCCUUUACAAGAACAAGAGAGAGAAAAAGGAAUCGAUGAAAGAGGCAGGAGACGGAUUGGCAAAUCGCAAACUGUCCAACUAACCCGUACGAUUGCAAAGAUAUACCAAGCAAAGUCGCCUUCUGUCCUAUGGUCAGACGAAGACCUAGGUUUCGUCCUUUGUAUCCCAGAAAAAGAUAGGAUGGACAUGUCCAAACUGGUUUUUCCAUUCAAGGACCAACUGCUCUCCGCCUUUGGCAACUACGAACUAUAUCACAUUCCUAAAGUGCAAGACGUCAAGGAUCCAAGCGAGCUUCUCCUCAAACCUCCAUAUUAUCUCAGCAUUCAGAGUAUUAGCCAGACCUACAUAAUCGUCCACAGCAGCCACUCUCCUAGCCUCGAAUUUCUCGCCAAAUACCUCCGCAAGAACUGCCGUCGUUCCCGCAAGCACAUGUUCGCGAUGACGCACAUAUUCAAGACGCUGGGACCCCCCGUCAUGGACAUCGAGCUUCACCAAAACCCAUUCACCCCCAAAGAAAGCGCCAUAUACGACACUCUCACCCUCAAGGCCGAUUCUUCACCCGGUGGUCCUGUCAAGUGCAUCUCUCCCUUCACACUGGUUCAUCUGGUCAGGGAAGAACCUUUGGAAGAGCCUCUGGAAGUAGUCUACAGGUAA